UAUACCUUGUUUGUAAUGUGUCAGCUAAGAUAAGAGGUAACGUACUCAUCACCACGUUGUGUUAGGGGAUCCGUCUUCAAUUUCUUUUUUAAAAAUAUGAAGGUUGUAAUAGCCAUUGACGGAAGCAAGUUUUCUAAGGAAGCUUUGCAAUGGUACUUGAAAAAUGUACACAAGACAGACAACAAAGUGAUAUUGGUCCAUGUCACGGACCAUCUUCAUAAUUUUGCCUACAACACGUCAAUAAUACCAGGUGAUCCCGAAUUAAUUCAAUUAGCGUACCAGGAAGAGGAACAUAAAGCCAAAGCAAUAAUGGAUGAAAUGAAUGACUUCAUCAGCAAAAAUCAGGUUGAUGGUGAGGUUGUGCGAGUGUUCGGUCAUCCUGGACAUCAAAUCGUUAAAAAAGCUCACGACGUUGAGGCCGACUUAGUUUUGACCGGAAGUCGUGGCCUAGGAACCAUCAGGCGUACUGUUUUAGGAAGUGUCAGUGAUUACGUCAUCCAUCAUUCCAACGUCCCAGUUAUUGUUUGCCAACAUCAGUAGUUUUCAUGAACCUCCAGACUUUAAAAUAAAUAAAGAAAAUAUUUAUUAUAUUUUUUCUUUGGUGAUAUACAAGUAAUUUGAAACUGUUGUUUUUUGUUCCUUAAACAAAUAAAGAAUAUACUUGAAUAUACUAAUAAUUGUUAAUACUUUUAUUCUUAAUUGAAUUGUCAACUACAAUUUUAUUGUGGUCUUUCCUAGAAACAUAUGCUUUGCUCUGAGUUUUACAUCUCAAAACAAUAAAAAUAAUAAUUCAUGUUCAGUUUA